AGUCAGCCAGUCAGUCAGUCAGUCAGUCAGUCAGUUAGUCAGCCAGCCAGUCAGCCAGCCAGUCAGUCAGUUAGUCAGUCAUCCAGUCAGUUAGUCAGCCAGUCAGACAGUCAGUUAGUUAGUCAGCCAGUCAGCCAGUUAGUCAGCCAGUCAGCCAGUCAGUUAGUCAGUCAGCCAGUUAGUCAGCCAGUC